AUGGUCCAGCUCACUUCUCUCUUCCACAAGGCCUACCAUGGAGGCCACCUAACCAUCCGUCUUGCUCUGGGCGGCCGUACCAACUGGCCUUUCUACCGCAUCGUGGCUGCUCACAACAAAUUCCCCAGGGAUGGCCGUUUCGUGGAGCAGCUGAGCUCCUAUGAUCCAUUGCCCAACACCCAUGGAGAAAAACUCGUUGCGCUCAACCUGGAGCGGAUCCGGCAUUGGAUAAGCUGUGGGGCCCACCUCUCUAAACCCGUGGAAAAGCUUCUGGGCCUUGCUGGUUUUUUCCCUCUGCAUCCCAUGGUAAUCACAAAUGCUGAGAGGCUUCGGCGGAAACGGGCGCGUGAAAUCCUCUUAGCAGCUCAGAAAACAGAGACAGAGGCUACGGAAACAGAAGCAAGCUGACGUCAGUGAGCACAGCAGCAAGAAAAGGUCAAAGUCCUCAUAAAACACUUGUGCAGAGUUUUUUUAAAAUUAGGUUUAGAGGUCAAU